ACCUUUCCCCAGAAAAAUGUUUGCAGCUUGAGUAACAAGGUCAACAACACUGAAUCAGAAAGUGGCCAAGUUUUCCAAAAUAGUGAUUUCCUCAAAGAAAUAAUAAUGUGAUUGUGAGUGGUGAACAUUCCCUCCAUCACCACCAAGAGUUUGCGAUUUGCCCCGUUUUGCGUCUUCGGGACGAAAAAGUCGCUUGAUGGCCUGCAGGAAACUUUCUAUCUGAAGCGCCGGUGCAAGGAGUCGCAGUUUUGAUUCAGCAGCUUAUUUGAUUAGCGAUGUGGCUGCCGACGUAAUACGAUUACGCUACCAUUUCGACGAAACCAAGAAAAAAUGUAAGACAUUGCCAUGUCGGGCGCCAAUUGUUUCAACGACAUGCCAACCGAGAUAUUCGCAGCGAGCUGCACAACGAUCUCGAAAAAUGAAAAUGAACGGUCCAGUGGAGAUUUGAUGGAAACAAACGGUGAUGUUUAUGAACAUUUGCCGAACAAUAAUGUUUGUCCAACGAAGAACUUCACCAUCGACUCGGUCAUCGGUGACGUCACGUCUCAGCCUGGCCAGCAAGAUCAGGGAGCCGUAUCUUCCGGUGAUCCUUCACCCUCCCACACCCCUUCCGCCGCCAUGAAGUCCGACUACCAGGUGUCGAACUCGUCCAUCGUCGACUACAACAACGGCAGCAUCAAGAACCACAAGGUCAAGAGCAGCCGAAAGAAACUGGGCACCGGAGUAGGUCGAGGCAGGCCUCGCAAGGCUCUGGUCGCCAUGUACCACAGUCAGAUAAGCGGCGACAAGAACACCAUCAAGAUCCGAAUUAAGAAGAGCAACCUCACGGCGCAAGUCCAGCUCCAACCAAAUAAAAAGAAAAGCGGUCGACGGAAAAAACAGAAAGCCACGUCCGACACGGACGUGAGCGACUACGAAUACAACAACGUUAAGAAGAGUAGAGCGAGCAGCGACAAUGACGUGGUGACAAGUACUCAGGAUCAGGAACCUCAGGAGCAGAGCGUGUGGGGCGAACAUAUCCCUGAGCAUAUUUUGUACAAAAUUUUUCAGAACGUGUGCGUUCAGGACGGGUGCUUACCGAAUUUAGUGAGAUUGUGUAGGGUGUGUAAGUUGUGGCGGAACGUGGCUUUGACUCCGUCGCUGUGGAAUAAGGUCGACUUGAACUACGUCAAGGAGCCGUUCAGGACGGACUUGCAGUUGCACUGGCUCAUCUACAACCGGCUGGCGUGUUGUCAGGAUUUAAAUUUAGGUGAAUGGAAGGUUCGUGAUAUACAAAUCGCAAUUGAGGCUCUCUGCGCGCACUGUCCUAACCUACAAGGCAUCAAUCUGAGCGGCUGGAAGGGACUGAACGCCGACAAUUUGAAAUAUCUGACAACGGAAAGCAAGAAGUUGGAGAGAUUGGAUUUGUCGUCAAUUAACUCUACUUCGGCAAUUAAUUCGCAACCAUUGGUGGCUCUGGGGCAGACCAUGAGCAGCCGCUUAACUCACUUGGUUCUAGCUCACAACAAAAUGGCGGGUUUUACACAGAUCAUGGCGUCAAUUGCUACAAACUGUCCGAAUCUUCAGCUUUUGGACAUUUCGAAUAUUCGAACGUUUGCUCACAACAGCGCUCUGCUUCAUGUCGAGAAGCUACAAAUCGGUUGUCCGAAAUUGCGGGUGUUGCGCAUUACUAAUAGUCAGAUUUGGUUGGCUCCUGCUAGUUUAACGGAACAGGUGGCCUCCCCUGGUUUCCCUCUUUUGGAAGAAUUGUCUCUGGCGGGAUUGGAAGAGGAUCAGACGACCACUUCCAGGUCCGUGGACGACGACGGAAUUGAAAGGAUCCUAAAAAAUAGUACAAAACUUCGUUUAUUAGAUGUUAGGGGAUGUAUCCGGCUGACCGAUUCUGGAUUGGUUAAAGUGCCAGCUUGGGACCUGGAACAUCUCUUUUUGAGUGCCUGUUACAUAACGCGAACCCAAAACUCCGGCCUGGAGUUGAUCGUACAAAAGUGGAGCCACAGUUUACUGGAGGUGGACUUGGCUUGGUCCACCGCCACGUCAUCUCUCGACGCCGCCGUCACGGCUUUGGCCGAAAAGGGUUUCGAGUCGAAACUGAGGAUCGUGAACCUGUGUGGGUCCUCGGUGAGUUUAGAGCCCGUCAAAGCCGUUUUGAUGAAUUGCCCUAAUUUGCAUUCCAUUAAUUUGCAAUCGUGCCGGGCACUACCCAGGGGAAUAAAGAGGUUAUAUACAGGGGAUGCUGUCCAGGAACUCAAACAGAGUUUGCAAAAUAGGCCAAAGAACGACGUCAGCGAGUCGGAGAACGAACAGUCGCCAGCUCAUCCUAUCGCAGCUGUUGAAUAGUUUGUUAUUGUGCUUUUUAAAGAGUAAAGUACGAAGUGUGAUCAAAUGAUCUAAAAAGUAGCUGUCAAUUAAAGUAGUUCGGUGUCUUUUUUACAAGUACAGCGUGGGUUUGUUUGCAAGUUGCGGCUCUCUCAUUCACAAGCAUUUAAAGGGACCAAUAGUUGCGAUUUCCACGGGCAGUUCCUGACGAUGACAAACGAAACAGUUCAAUCCACACUCAAACCAGAAUCUCGGAAAUGGGAGAGGGUCGACUCAAAUGAGGCCGGCUGUGUAAGCAAGCAAUAAAACAAGUGAUUUGACGGCGUCUUUUGUUUGACAAAAGCCAUAUAUGACGACUCUGAUUUGAUCACAGUUCGGUCUAAAAUAGAAUACUUUAAUAUAAAAUUUAUAAAUAUUUAUUAUAUAUACAUUGUAUAAAAAUGUACGAUAAUUGUCUGGAUAUUUUCAAGUUGGAUAUCUUAUUUUGAAUAAUUUAGAUGAAUACUUUACUAAUUUAAUACAGGUUAUCGAGUGUACAAAGUAUUUUAUUAAAAUUCCUUGUUAGGGCUAAAUUAUUGUCUAUGUAAAGGAUUUAAGAAAAAAUAUUAGAGGAGAAACCAGUUGGCCGUUUUUAUUUGUUGUUGUUCCCCUGUCGACGAGAUUCUAAAUCCGGCAGGUGAGUAUUGUUGUGAUAGUUUGUUUUAGUUGCACUUUUUUAUUACAUUAGUAAAGUAUUUGAUUCCACAGUUGGUAUUCAUCGCUGAAUACCAACUGUCGAAGCCACUUUUCCUGUCUAUACGUAAAUCAUUGAACACCAAUCAAAGUGUACAACUUGGCGGAACUAAAUACACCGACUUAUAUGCACCAUUUUUUUUCCCUUUUUUUUUUCUGUUUGUUUAAGUUGUUACGAACGCACAUUGUGUGUGUUACUUAGGCGAAAUAAAACCUCUGUGCGACUUUUGUUGGGAUCGUUUUUAGUGAACUGUAUUUUAUUAUCAUAGAUUGUGUACCUAAUGUGUAUGUCUAUAUUAGAUCAAAACUUAUAUUGUAUUUCUAAUUAUGUUAACUGUUUUGUAACAAUAAAAAGGUUUCGUUAUUUUUACAA